ACAGUGUUGUAUUUCUUUGUAUUCAACAUUGAUUCAACUCAGUCACGCUCAGGCGAACUGGCAAAUUCUAGAAAUCCCUUGUGCAGGGUCGGAACGCACCUCAGGUACAAGAUAAGAAUACCAUUUGAACAGUGUUAGUAGUUCAUAUAACUUGUUUCGAUUUUUGUGGCUAUAUUUGCAAUUUUUAACAACUAUAUUUUCAGGUAUUCUUAAAGCAAGAUCAAAUACACAGUAACAGAAUGACAGUUGAAAGCAAUUCUAAAGCAGAAGGCGCAGAAGGCGAAAUUAAACUUCAAGAUGAGAAUUUAGAGGACAUUACUCCAAAUAAAGAUGGAGGAGUGCUCAAGAAAAUAAUUAAAGAGGGUGACAACACGGAGGAAGAUCGGCCAGCAUCGGGAGAUGAAGUAUCUGUACAUUAUGUAGGAACAUUGUUGAAUGGUGAACAAUUUGAUUCUAGUCGUGAUCGGGGUUCGCUAUUUCAAUUCAAGCUAGGAAAAGGGCAAGUGAUAAAGGCUUGGGAUUUAGGAGUUGCAACCAUGAGAAGGGGUGAAGUAUGCCAGCUGAUCUGUAAGCCAGAGUAUGCAUAUGGCCGAAAAGGGAAAGGAAAGAUUCCUCCAGACGCAACUCUUGUCUUCGAAGUUGAACUCUUUGAUUGGAAAGGUGAAGAUUUGACGGAAGAUAAAGAUGGUGGUGUCAUUAUGCGAAUACAACAAGAAGGAGAAGGCGAAGAAACACCAAUAGAUGGCUCAAGUGUGCAAGUUCAUGUGGUUGGUGAAUAUAAUGGAAAGGUGUUUGAUGAGAGAGAUGUAAAUUUCACUAUGGAAGAUGGCAACGAACAUGGAAUUGUUGAUGGUGUCAUUAUGGCAAUAAAAAACAUGCAUAAAGGAGAGAAGGUCAAAGUUGAUCUGAAGCCUAAGUAUGCUUUUAGAGAGACAGGUAACCAGGAUUUAGGAAUCCCAGGUGAUGCGAACGUAACAUACACAGUCACGCUUAAUGAUUUUGAAAAGGGUAUGGAAACAUGGGAAAUGGACACAGAUCAGAAAAUUGAAGCUGCAAUAAAAGCUAAAGCCAGGGGAACAACCAAAUUCAAGUCUGGUGCAUAUCAAGAUGCUAUUAAGAACUGGACACGGAUUACAUCUCUGCUCGAGUAUGCUAGUGAUCUUGAUGAUGACUUGGAGAAAAAAGAAAAGUGGAAUUCCGUGAAGCUAGCUGGCUUCCUGAAUCUGGCAAUGGCGUAUCUUAAAACUGAAGAGUAUCUUCAAGCUUUGAAAAAUUGUGAAAAGGCUUUGGAAUUGGAUGUAGCUUCUGUUAAGGCUUAUUUCCGAAGGGCUCAAGCACAAAUGGGAAUGAACAACAAUGAGGUAGCCAAAAAAGACUUGGAAAAGGUUCUGGAAUUAGAACCUACUAACAAGGCAGCAAAAAAUCAAUUAACGAUAUGCGAACAUAAAAUCAAACAAUACCGAUUAAGGGAGAAGAAAACCUACGGGAACAUGUUUGCCAAGUUUGCAGACCAAGAUGCUAAGGCUGAAGAGAGAAGAAGAAUAAAAGAAGACAAACGAGCAAAAGAGAUGUUCAAGAAGGCUGGCGAAGAUGCAAGAAAAGAUGUUGAGGAGGAAGUUGAUGCAGAAAUUACCGAAUCCAAAAACACAGAUAAAGAAAAUACAAAUGAAACUGAUGAAGGGUCAGCUGUUACUGAAUCCAGAAACACUGAUAAAGAAAAUACGAAUGAAGCUGAUGAAGGUUCAGCUAUUAACUAGAAUGGGGGGAAAUUAACUCAAUCCUACACUGAGAUGAAUAAAAAAAAAAGCAGUGACCAUUAAUUGAAACUCAAUCUUUCAAAUAAAAUUACAACUCAGCAAUCAUUAGCUAGAAAGUUGUGUCUUAUUCUUUCAUUAUUACAAAAUGAUUUCAUCAAACUUUUUCCAGAUGUAUUUUAUGCCAAUGAAACUGAUAAUCCAGUUUAACAUGUAAAUUUCCUACACAUGUGCACCAUUUAUCUUGUGGGGAAACAGUUUGCAUGUAUUUAGGGGAAAAUUAUUUGGUUUAAGUUUUUUAAAUUGCGUGUUUUUACCAAGCAAAACCUGGUAUAAAGGUCAAAAUAAAGCAUCCAUUGUGUGAUGACGUCUUUUUGUAGGUCCAGUGUAUUCUGUACUAUUAUAUGAAUUUUUGAAAUAGUUCCUGUUUUUAAUAAAUGUAUUUCCCAAUCUUUUUCUUAAUUCUUUUACAAUUCCUCUUAUAUGCUCAUUUUUAUGGAUUAAAAGUGCUUUUUUUGUAUUGGGUUGUAAUAUUUAUACACUAUUAGUAAUGAUAGAAUACAAAUGUAACUUUAUAAAUGUCAAUUGGUGUUCUUGCCCGUAGCAAUACAAGUUUGUUUAAGAAUAUUCAUGUGUUGCCCCUUUACUGACAUAAUAAAUAUUCGCCUGAAACAAAUCCGAUAUUUGGUAUUCACUCUUUACAUCAUGUUCAUAUUGAUAUUAGCAUUUACGAUUUGGGUGUUGUGAGCCAAUGUAGGUUUUGUAACAGUCAAUAUAAAGAUUAAAAAGACCCAGUAUUUAAUCUGUCGUUAGUCUGUUAGUAGAAUUUGGGGUCAAAAACCAUGGGAGUUAAGGCCUUAAGUCACGAAAAUGUUGUUUUGUAUCCGUAAAAUUAUUGAAAUGAUCCAGAGAUUCCUGUAGUAUUUAAUCCUAAUAAAUUAAAGUACAAUUUCUUAGGAAAUUCGAUGACAAAGGCAAUUAAUAUAAUGGAUAAAUCGGAAGUAAAAUACUAUUUGAUAUUCUGUUAAAGUAACAUCCCUUUUCAUUUGAUUAGCCGUCGGUUUCUAAGAACCAAAAAAUAUUCAUGAAUUCAGUCCUUUUUUCAUGUGCAGAUAAUGUAGUGUAACCAAAAGUCACUGAAUUAACUACAUCUGUGGUGAUAAUACCAACAUUCAAAUUGGAUUCACCCCACUCAUUGUAUAAAAAUAUGAACGAUUGUAGUGAAGCAGGUACUCUACAAAGAUUGGUUGCUUUCACGCACACACAGCUAAAUUUAAAUAUAGUGUAUCCUGAAUAAAUAUUUUAAAUUUUGUACUACAAUUUCGAACGCAA